AUUCAGUCAAGUGUAAGCGCUUUACCAUUACCAGGAGGCAGGAAUCAGGACAUAAAUAUAAAAUAACUGAAUAAUCCAAAAAAAAACUUAUCACAGCCACGGACUAGUAAAAAAAGAUUUUAUUUUUUUAUUCGUCCGUGAUCACAGAAGAAUUCGAUAUAACAGAAGUGUGCACUUUUUUGUAGUGCUAUUGUUGUGACAUGUUCAAGAGGUUAUGUAACAAUAGUCAAUCAUGCUUUAGAUAUUUAAUAAAAGGAAAGUUAAGCUAUUAUAAUGUCUCAAAAACCUGAAAAGGACGAAUUAGACAAAAAUCAUACUGUUAAGCCCAGAUGUGAAGAAACCAAUGAGACUUCCCCUGACAACAACACAACUGAAACCAAUCUUGAACUGGAAAUAGAAGAUAAAUGGUUGAUUCGAGAAUGUGAUAUAUACGAGGAUGAAUAUGAUGAAUGUACAAGCAUCAAGGCAAGAUUCCACCAAUACUUUGUUUAUGGAGAAACUCUAGACUGCAAUCAAUGGAAAAGAGACUAUGAUAAUUGUUGCAAGUGGAGAGAUGACAAAGAUAUAAAAGCGGGUGUUGCUUUAAUUAACAGUGAAAAAGAAAGAAGGAUGCAAAGGUUAAGGGCCCACUAUAGGAAUGAUGUUUGGAAGAAAAGAGACACACCUCCAGAUGACUGGGCGGCGCCACUUCCUGAAUGGAUGGCAAAGCGCGAUGAAAAUACUUACUUAGCCAAAAAAGCACAAGAAAUGAGAGAAGGCAAAGAAACUGCAGAAAAUACAAGUUCUUGUUGUGUUAUGUGAUGUUACACAUACACAUUAUUCUUUAUUACCUCAGCUUGUGAUAUUACAAUAUCAUGUGUUUGAAGAACAGAAUAGUAUUCUUAGUGAUAUAUUUAAUAUAAACAAUAUAGAAUUUA